CAACCGCAUACCUACUGGGUUGGGUUGUGAUCAACGCAAGCAGCAGCGACCAGUGGUCUGAGACCAGAGUGACAGGGCGUUAUUUACAUGAUUAAAAUAUCAAAUAGGCAAGAUUGUAUCAAAGGAUUAAUAGAAUAAUAUCUUAAACAAUUAGUUCGUCAUGGAGUCCUAUGACAUUAUAGCUAACCAGCCGGUUGUGAUCGAUAAUGGUUCAGGUGUUGUCAAAGCUGGCUUUGCUGGAGACCAGAUCCCCAAAUACUGCUUCCCCAACUAUGUGGGCCGUCCCAAGCACGUGCGCGUGAUGGCAGGAGCCCUGGAGGGGGACCUCUUCAUUGGACCCAAAGCAGAAGAGCACAGAGGGUUGCUGUCAGUAAGGUAUCCUAUGGAGCAUGGUAUAGUGAAGGACUGGAACGAUAUGGAGAGGAUCUGGCAGUACGUCUACUCUAAGGAACAGCUGCAGACCUUCUCAGAGGAGCACCCUGUCCUGCUGACUGAAGCCCCUCUGAACCCCAGUAAGAACAGGGAGAAGGCGGCUGAGGUGUUCUUUGAGACCUUCAACGUUCCCGCCCUCUUUAUCUCCAUGCAGGCAGUCCUCAGUCUCUAUGCGACAGGGCGUACCACGGGUGUGGUGUUGGAUGCGGGCGACGGGGUGACCCAUGCGGUGCCCAUCUACGAGGGCUUUGCCAUUCCCCACUCCAUCAUGAGGGUGGACAUCGCUGGAAGGGACGUGUCCCGUUACCUCCGGCUGCUGCUACGCAAGGAGGGCUAUGACUUCCAUACCUCCGCAGAGUUUGAGGUGGUCCGCACCAUUAAAGAGAGAGCCUGCUACCUGUCCCUGAACCCCCAGAAGGAUGAGACUCUGGAGACCGAGAAGGCCCAGUACACCCUCCCCGACGGUAGCACGCUGGAUAUUGGUCCAGCCAGGUUCCGCGCCCCAGAGCUGCUGUUCAGGCCAGACUUGAUCGGAGACGAGAGCGAGGGGAUCCACGAGGUGCUGGCCUUCGCUAUCCAGAAAUCUGACAUGGACCUCCGACGCACACUCUUCUCCAACAUCGUACUGUCUGGAGGAUCCACACUGCUCAAAGGCUUCGGGGACAGGUUACUAAGCGAAGUGAAGAAGCUCGCUCCCAAAGACGUGAAGAUCAAGAUUUCCGCCCCUCAGGAGAGGCUCUACUCCACGUGGAUCGGUGGCUCCAUCCUGGCGUCGUUGGACACCUUUAAGAAAAUGUGGGUCAGCAAGAAGGAGUAUGAGGAGGACAGAGCACGGGCCAUCCACAGGAAGACCUUCUAACACCGCUGCCCUUAAACUGACCUCAACAUGACCUAUCUGCCCUGUGCUGCCCCAACCUGUCACGACACUACCCUCCAAUGCUCCUGUAUUUGCUCUGUUGCCCCACAUUACUGAUUUGCCCCAACAUCUGGAACUAUCCCACAGCCCCAUGUCUGCCCCUCCCCUUAAGGCCUCCCCCAUCCUCUGGCAAGGGGACUGUCCAUAUACACCCUCCCUCAAUUCAGCAUGCCUUCUGUUACCAGCCAUGUGGAAGAGAGCAGGAUGGCCCUUCAGGCAAGCCUGUGGGCCUCUCACCUCCUCCCUCCUCACACACCCAGGGCUGCGUGGGCAUUUGUCAAUACUGUGGACUGUUCUUUCUGUUCUUGAAGGGGCAAUGCUAUACUCAACCCUGAAGUAUUUAUAUUACUCGCCCUGUACGAUACCUUGCAAUCAUCCAAUGACAAAGAAGGUGAAUGUUUUUCAAUUCUGUAAGAAUUCUAUUCCAAACCGAAGAGAUUGAUUUAAUUGUUGUGCGUUCUUUAAAAAAUAUCUUGGUCCUCACAGUUACAAAUCACCAUGUUAAUGUCAACGGUUGAAUUCACCAUUGUUUUCUUAAUUGUUUUUGUUUCCAUUUGUUGAAUUAGAUUGUGUUGAGGGUCAGGGUUAGGAUAGUCUGCUAUAGGAAUAGGUCAUGCUGUAGAUGGGUAGAGAAUACCACUGUGUUUUACAUUGCCUCAUCAAAUAUUCAAGGAAUUAAUUGGAAAACAUUCAAAGAACUUCUCUUUCCACCAACCCUCCCACAUGUGUUCUUCAACAACAACUAAUGGACAUGUUUAAACGACAGCGAUGUUUAACCCUUCCUUAUGAUGUGUAAAGUAUCUCCAUUCAGUUAGCUGUGUUUUUUCUCUUUGUUUGAAAAUGACAUUAGUGGAAAUGGUUUGAUAACAAAGGACGGGUGAGAUGUAUCCUCCUCACUCGGUGCCAAAUCCAACGGGGGAUUUCAACUUUAAAUAACCAUUCGAUGACCAUUGCUAUUUCUAAAUGACCGUUUGAGAUAUGACAGUUAAACUUUGGGACCAGUUGAAUGGGACCCUUGAAUGCCUUGUAAAGAUGAAACAGGACAAAGUGCUGUCCAUAAAGCAUGUUAGUGUUCUGUACUGCACAGAGACUGAUCUGAGAGCUGUAUGCCUGGACAGGAUCAUCUCCACUAACCAUUGAUACAAUACAGGUAAUAAAGGCUUAUCUGAUCCUAGAUCUGUGGUUAUGGGCAGCUACAACCGGGAGUGAUCUCUGAUCUCAGUGUUAGUCAAGGGUCAGGGACUAGCUGAAUAUUGGGUAAAAGGCCACAGAGAUCAAACAUUGUAAUUUGAUUUCUCUCCAAAGACUCCAUAUUUGGCUCCAUUUAAAGGAUGGUAGAAAUCACCUGUUCAAUGUUCCCUGUAAGUUCUUUUAAAACACCAUAAGUGUAUGGGUUAGAACAAUUGAGAGAGAGCAAUGUUUAGUUGCUAUAGACUGUAGUAGGACCAUUCACAUAAUAAGCAUGUAGAAGCACAAGAUGGUGGAUUAUUAUCAGUUAGUUUUCUACCCUCUAUUCCCCCUCAUGUACAACUAAGUCUGGGCGUUAUUAUGGCUGAUUUCCCUACGUCUCUGGCAGUAGAGGGCUUGUGUCAAACGGUGUCCGCCUUACUCCUGUGCCCUGGCACCGGAAAGUCCACUUCAGAUUCUGGGUGUUUUUUAAAAGGUUCUAUACUUAAAAAGCCUUGUGUACAGUGGACCGCUUUUCAAAACGUCAAAAAAUAAAAUAAAUGUACAAUACUGUUUAUUCAAGUGUUGCUUUUACUUUUCAUUUUGUAAAUUCAGUAUAAUAAAUAAGUUAAUGACA